AUGGGACAAAUCGCAGGGGCAUCGGUAGCGGAUGGCAGAGCCCAGCGCUUCACCUUGCCUUAUGCUCAACCGCCUGUGGGAUCUUUGCGCUUCGCAAAUCCCCUAAACAUCGUAUCUUUUGGAACGGCGUCGUCCGUCUAUGAUGCUUCGAACCUUCCUCCACGAUGCUACCAGUACGGAGAGGAUGUGCGCGGUGGCACCGAGCCGUCGGAGGACUGCCUGUACUCGAUCGUCUACAAGCCUACCAACGCAAAGCAUGGCGACAAGCUUCCAGUAUUGGUGUGGGUCCACGGCGGUAGUGGCAUUGGUGGCGGCGCUACCAACGCCGGUCUGGACGGUUCCAACCUUGCCACGAGCCGAAAUGUGAUCGUCGUCGUUCUUCAGUACCGUCUCGGCCUCUUUGGCUGGCUUCAAACCUCGGCAUUGGUUGACGAAAGCAACGGUGGAGCACCAAACGGCACCAAGGUCUCCGGAAACAUGGCUUUCCGAGACGUAGUCUCUGCCCUGCAACAACUUCGAUCGGUUGCGCGCUCCUUCGGCGGAGAUCCCAAGCUGGUGACGCUUAUUGGACAAAGCAGCGGUGCUCAGCUCAUUCGCUCGCUGCUAACUUUGCCCGUCGCUGCUCCACUUUUCCAACGCGCCAUUCUCAUUUCGGACACGGAGGACUACGGGCCAGCGACUCAAGCUCAAGCCAACACACUCGGAGACUACGCUCUCAAAGCUCUUGGCUGCACCGAUCUGGCUUGUGCACGUGCUAAAGACAAGGAUGACAUUCUCAAUGUCAGCUACGACACCUACUCAACUGUCCCUUUGGCCGACGGCUCAAUCGCGGGCGGGACACCAUGGAGACCCACGCUCGGCAAGUAUCUCCCAAGCGGUAUCGAGGUGGGCAAAGGCUUUCCCAAGCCGGUCAUCCUCAGCACCGUGGCCAACGAAGCAGGCACUGUGGCUGGCAGCCUAUUUGAACCGUCCACCCUCAACCCGGGACAAAAUCUGAGCGCGCAAGGCUCCAUCAUUACUCUGCGACAAGGCAAUGCGCCUCUUCCGAUCGGACAAGCUUUGAACUUGAUCUUCAACCAGAACCGAGGUGUGCUGGCAACCAACGUUGCAGCAUAUUCUCCUGGUAGUCCGAGCAGCUUCCGCGUUCCAUCGGCUGGUGCGGAUGACGCUCCGCGCAAGCUCUUCGAAGAGAUUGCGACGGAUGGAUUGUGGAGAUGCGCCACCCAACGCAACGCUCGCACCCUGGCUUCCAACAGUCACGGCAAAGGCAUCUGGCUGGAGCAGCGCAACAUUGGCGCUCGCUACCCGUCCAAUGAGGGCGUCGACUACUGCGAAGCUGCAGGCACCGUCUGUCACGAGGAUGACAUUUACCUCAUCUUUGGUACCACGCCUUCGCCUACUGAUGCGCAACAGAAAGCCAGCUCAGAGAUUCAGGCCAGGUACUCGGCGUUUGCACGGACCGGCAACCCGAAUGUCAUUGGCAAGACUAUAUGGACGCAGGUGGGAGACGGCAAUGAUAUCGAUCUGCUCGUCUACGAUGACCAGGGCAACUCUAGCGCCCAAAAAGGCCAGAGAACGAGCGCUUGCAACAGCAACGACGCUUGGGGCUCUAGAGUCAAAUUUGACUGGCAGAUCUACUCGUACUGA